GGUUUCUGAAGGGUAGCUUUGCUGUAUUCCAUCCCCACUAUUACCACAAUCUCCCCUCUUCCUUUUUAGGGCUUUGACAAUGCCAUCCUCUUGUCUCCUAAACACUCUGCUGUGGUUUUAGUGGGGAUCUUUGUGGGAAGCUGGACUUGGUAUUGUUUUUUUUUUUUUUUUUUUUUUUUUGCUCAACACUCUUUCUCUGUCUUACACUUUGGACAGUGAGAAGUACCUUUUGGCCUCCGGAAGGUUUUCUAUUACUAUUUUCUGUCAACUCUCUGAGGUCUCUGAGCCUAAAAACCUCUGAGCCUAAAUGGUCAUAUCUUUGUCAUAAGUAGGGAAGUUUGGCGAUAUUCCAUCGCCUAAGAUGUGAGUGCCCAUUUCACCUGUUCUGGAAUAUCAUAAUGUCAGUAUUUGCUGAUGUCUGUUUUUCCUGUUCUGGACUGUCCAUACUGCCAGUACUUGCUAAAGACAUCUUAUAAGAUUUGAGACUUUCUUCAUUUUUGCUUUUCUUUGAGUUUUAUGCAACUGACAUAUCUUAGCAGAUUGCUUUCAAGUUCAGGAAGUCUCUCUUCCACUUGAGCUGCUCUGUACUUAAGGUCCUGGGCUACAUUUUUGAAUCUUAUAAGUGGAGUUCUUCCACUUGAGGGCUUCUGUUUGGCUGUUUUCAAUGAUCUCUAUCUCACAGCUAGAUUUCUUAUUUGGAUCAUGAAUCACCUUCCUGAUUUACUUGAAAUGGUUAUCUUUUCAAUGCAGCUCAUUAGAAUUCCUUAGAAUCAUUGUUUUGGGUUUUACCACAUUUUUACCACAUUUUCUCCCACUUCGGGGCCUGGGCAAUGGUGACCCUUGAGAAGCAUCAACCUGCCUUGUUUUUAUUUUCAUAUUUUUAUGAUCCUCUGGUGAUAUUUGCACAUCUUGAUCUAUUCUUUCUAUUUACUUUAUAGUAUGGUGUUUGUAGUAAAGACUAAUACAACCUGUUUUAGAAUGACACAUUGGUACAAUGUGUUGGCUACUUGCAAUUGGGCUCAGUGGUGCCAUCUCCAUAAGCCUUCCUCACACUGCAGUCAGUGACUUUGUGUGUGGUGAAUGCGCAGUAGCUUUCUGAGAGUGUGGAAGAAUGACCACAGCAACAUGGAGUGCACUUCAGCAUCUUAUGUAAAUGUAGCAUGGGACAUACUUAGUAGAGCAUACUACACCAGACCUUCCCUAAAUCCCAAUUCUGUGGACUUGGAGAUUAAUAGAAGCCUAGAGAACUGGAGGCAAGGGUCACUGAAGCUUAGGAGACUGAAACUUUCUGUGCCUGAAAUCUAUGUCAUCACAUCAGAGAAGUCUUAUUCUUUUCUAUCAUACUUUGAAGUGCCUUCUUCAAAAUGUGGGCCAUUGUAUGUCUGAUCUGACAUUCCCUGACCUGCCUUUUCUAGCAAUAAUGCUCUCUUUACGCUGCAGAGGGAACCCACGGGUUUGUAUACUGGAUUUCAACUGACUGUAAAUUGGUCUCAGUCUUUUCCUUGUUUUGCCAGUGUUGAAGGAAUUUGGCAAGAGCCAUUUGAUUUCAAUGCCCUUGUAGUUACUUUUCUUUUUCUUUUUCUUUUUUACAGAUACUUGGCAUGCAGAGCAAGCUUCUUAUUCUCUUCUACAAAUUUACAAGCCUAACAUCUCAUAGCAGAAGUUUUAAUUAGCAGAGGACUGUCACAUAUCUAGGACAAUGUUCCGCCUACCUUCAGUGAUAGCAUUGGCCCCACAUCCAGAUAUCAAAUGAUCUCAUUCCCAAACCAUCUUUCCAGAUAUCUUCUUUCUCAGACCACAGUUGUGGUUGGUGAGAACCUCUGGCAAUCAGGCCCUGAAAGGAGAAUGCUAAUUAAGUGGUAUUUGGAACCUUGGCAGCGGGUUGGGGGAAGACAAAAAUUCACCUGGGAUGUACCUUCAACAACAAGGGCCAAGGGGCUAAAGAAGCCUAUCAUGUAAUGUUAGACAAACUCCAGAUAAGAAAUGCUACCACAAUUCACAAUUGCCCAUGACAAAGACAUGGGCAUAGCAUGUAAUAAACAGUCACUGAAUGUCUAUUUAAUACACUGUUAAAUUAAAAGAAGUGAAAAAUCAUUCUUAAAACAAGGAAAGAAGAAAGAGAAGAAAGAGUGUCAUGGGUGUUUGCAAGCUGUUUAUGAAACUUAUCACCUAUUUUCUUGCAUACUUAAUUUGACCACUUUUCCCAGCCUGUAGUGUUGUUUGAUAUGGUUAGUUAGCUAACUCUGAAUGGUAUAAGGUUACCAUAAAGGGUAAUUUCUGUUUACAGGCUUGGUCCAUGUUAAACUGCCCAUUUUCCUUACUUGGAGGCUAAAUCCAGAGUACUCAGGGGCUCUGGAGGACAAAAGGAACCCCAAGGUAUAAGCAGACACUGUACAGAAAACCUAUGAGGGACCAUGUCCACCAGCAAUGGACAGACUUCUGGUGAGAGUAAAGUUUAGCUGGAGAAUUUGGUGACUUGUUUACAGUGAAAGCAUUUUCCUAAUGCUUUGAAGGUCAUGUAUAUUGUUAAGAGAUUUUACUCUGGAGGAAAUGUACAUAUAGAUGAAUAAAACAGAACUCAUCAGGAAAAAAGAAAAAGCAUAUCUCUAAAACAAGAAUGAGUUGUAUUUAAGUUAGUUUGAAAUAGUCAGAGGAAGACUCUUUAAGUAAAAUGAAUCCAUUGAAAUUGAUUCAGUGUGAAUGAAGUUGCCUACUGAAAUGCAUUAAGGGAGACAAUAGUGAAGAAUUUGACAAAACUCAUCUUCAGAGAAAUAUUUUCCCAAGAUGUGAACAGAGUGGCAAGGGGCUGCUGGGGCUGAAGUCCUCUGUGAACUGUACUGCAGACGUUUCAUUUAACUCUGGAGCAGGAUCACUUUAAAGUGCUUUGCCUAGUCAGUGUAUUUCAUACAGGAUUUUUUCUAUGCUGUGCAGGAUUCUUAAGAAAAAAAGAUUUACAAAUUUUCCAUGCAAAUAAGUAUAAAUGUGCUUCUUAUUACCUCAGUGAAGCCAAGGAUGUGCUCAUAUCAGUACUAAGUAAUAAGAUGAAGUAGAUGUACUAACACAAUAUCAGAUUUACAGUAAUUGUGGAUUCUUCCAAUUCCAAUGCCAAAUCCAUUAUUUACAAAAAUAUUCUGAGUUUAUUAUUUAUUAGUUUUUGGAAAAAAAUAGUUAACUUUUAUUUUUUCAUUAGUUAUUUAUUCACUUUUCAGCCAAAUAACAGCCACCUUUCUCCCUUCCUCCCAGUCCACCCUUACAAAUCCCUCCUUCGUUACACUCUCCCCGUCUCCUCAGAGAGGGAAGCCCUUUUGGGUACCACUCUGCUCUGACAGUCCUGAUAGAGGAAGGGGUUUCAAUAGCAGGGAAGAGUCAGAAACAACCCCUACUCCAUUUUUAGGGGACCGAAGGCCAAGCUGCACAUCUGCUGCAAAUGUGUUGCAUGUUGCAUGUUCUUUGGUUGGUGGUUCAAUCUGUGUGAGUCAUGUGGGCCCAAGUUAGUUGACUUUGUAGGUCUUUUUGUGGUGUCCUUGACCCCUCUGGCUCCCUCAAUUUUCCCCCACUCUUCCACAAGACUCCCUAAGCUCCAUGUGAUUUUUGGCUUUGGCUCUUUGCAUCUGUUUCCAUCAGCUGUUGAAUGAAACCUCUCAGAAGAAAAUUAUGCUGGGCUCCUCUUUGCAAGCAUAGCAGAGUAUCAUUAAGUGUCAGGGGUUGGAUUCACAUGGAAUGGGUCUCAAAUACGGUCACUCUUUGGUUUGCCUUUCCUCAAUCUCUGUUCCAUCUUUAUUCUUGAGCAUUUUGUAGGCAGGACAAAUUUUGGGUUGAAGGUUUUGUGGGUGAGUUGAUGUUUUCCUCCCUCCACUGGAAGUCUCACCUAGCUACAGGGAGUACUACUUCAGUCUCCAUAUCACUUGCUGUCAGGAGUCUCAGCUAGGGUCACCCCCAUAAACUCCUGGGAACCCCCCUUUUCCUACCAAGGUCUCCUGCUAGUCCCAGAAAUGCUUGGUAACAAUUUCUGUCCUCACUCCCAGGCCUCUCAACACCUGAUCCCCAUCCCUGUUCCCAUCCUCACCCCUUCUCUUAUCCAGUUUCCUCCCUCCCUCCACCUCUGAUGUCUAUUUUAUUUCUGUUUCUGAGUGACAUUCACACACCCUCCCUUGAGCCUUCCUUAUUACUCAGUUUUGUUGGGUCUGUGGAUUGUAGCAUGGUUACCCCGUACUUUUUGGCUAAUAUCUACUUAGAUGUAAGUACAUACCAUGGGUAUCUUUCUGAGUCUGCCUUACUUCACUCAGUAUGAUAUUUUCUAUUUCUAUCCAUUUGCCUGCAAAUUUCAUCACAUCUUUGUUUUUAAUAGCUGAAUAGUAUUCCACUGUGUAGAUGUACCACAUUUUCUUUAUCCAGUCUUCAGUUUAGGGAUAUGGACUUCUUGUGUCAUCAUCAAUUUUACUCUUAUUAGCAGAUUAUAGUUGAGAGUGUGCAAGAUUACCAGACAAGAUCACCUACAGUUUUUGUGCCUCUCCCAGUUUGGGGAAGUUGGAAGUCCACGGUCAUUAGGCUAAGUCUGGGUUCUUAGGAAGCUUCACUUCCUGGAGUGCUGCUAGAAACCAUCUCAGUGUGUACUUUUCAUCUCUCUCUCUCUCUCUCUCUCUCUCUCUCUCUCUCUCUCUCUCUCUCUCCCUCUCUCUCCCCUUCUCUCCCUCUCUCUCUUUCUCUCUGAGAGAGAAAAACAGAUAAACUGUGAUUGUAUCAGAGAGAGAGAUCCAGUAACAUUGUGGGUGAGUGAUUCAACCAAGAACUUGGAAGAGACACAUUCAGGAAAGUACCCACCAUUUGAACAAUUCUACCAAGCAUUACAUCAAUUCCAGGCUCUCAGUGUGGUCUUAUAUCAUCUUAAUAGAUAUUAACUAAUCUACUUUGACAAUAAGUAAAGCCUGAUACAACACAUUUAAAUAGCCAUGGAAUAAGGAAAUGAAAGGUUAUAAACGAAGUUCUAAUUCCCAUCAAGAUGUUGAUUUCAGGGUAGCUAUGAAUCAUGCCACUAGUUCAGAAGAUGGUGUAGAAGGAAAUAAAGAUGAUGGAAUAACAGUGGAAAAUAAUUUUCAAGAAAGGCAGAAGACAGAGAAACUACCUUCAAGGUGCAAAGUUUACACAAGUGCUGUUAAAAUCAAAGCUGGUACAAAGCUUGCAGAAAACUUGGUGUGUUUGAAGUCCACAGCAAAUGAGAAGCUCGUGGAAUGAUCCUAAGUCGUAUGAUACAUAAGCAUGCCUACGAGGAAACCCUUCUUUAAAUGAUAGUGCUUUUCCGGACCUGCUUGUCUGCUGUUGUCAUAAAACACUGAUGGAAAACAACACUGAGGAGGAAAGGGCUUGUCACAUUUUAAGGGCUGUGCUCCAACACUGAGGGUAACCAAGGCAGGAACUGAAUCAGCAACCACAGACCAAUGUUGAUUACUGGCUUAUACCACGUUCAUGCUCAGAUACUUUUCUUAUCCAGGCUCAACUGCUCAAGCUAAUGCCCAAUAGACAUUCCUGCAUCUCAUUCUGAUAAAGGCAAUUCUUCAGUUGAGGUCCUUCUUCCCAAGUAACUCUGGAUUGUGUCAAUUUGUCAAAAACUUGAUAGCCAUACACACAAAAAGUGGGCACAGAGAUAGACUUUGUGCCAUAUGAAAAGUCAAAUCUAAUUAUAUCAUAGAUGUAAUGCAAAAUCUACAUGAGAGAAAGCUUCAGAGUCUCACCUUAGUAAUGAUUUUUUAUAUUUGUUUUGACAGUGAAAAUGUGAUCAAUCAAAACAUAAAUUGAUCAAAAUAAUCUCUAUCAGACAGUUCCAAUUGACAAAGAACUUAAAGAUGAACAUGCCUGGAGGUCUUAAACCCAUCGAUGAGUUGUAUCAGUUGCUAAAAGAGCUAAAAGGUAUCUUAGCAGAUGGUUUUUGACAAGUUCAUACAUGUAUACAAUGUUCUUGAUCACACCUAAGCACCCCACCUCUCCCUUACUAAUCCUGGCUAUCUCCAACAAACUUCCCUCCCACCUUCAUUGUCUCUUCCUUUGUUUUACAUGCAGUGAGUUUAGUUGGUGCUUUCCACUUGAUCAUGCAUAAGCUACCAGUGACUACACCCAGUCCCAAUUACUCCCUCUUCCUAGUAGCUGCCAACUAGCUACAAGCGGUGUUAAUGAUCCCCCUUCCCAAUCUAUACCAGAAAUCUGUUUGCCACUUAUUCUUAGCAUUUUGAGCAGAUAAUCUUUAAAAGCCAAUAAGUAUGUGCUCAGACCCAGAGAUAUAUGGAAGAAGAUAUACAGAAAACAAACAAGGGAAGGAAGGUGAGCAUCAUACGUCUUUAGAGCAAAACCAAAAUCCCACUGAGAUUACUUCACACACUUCAUACAUUUGCUGAAAUAAAAAAAAAUAUUGACCAACUGUUUCUCAGGUUAUGGCAUAAUUAGAACUCCAGCAACGUAGGGUGAAAGAAAAAUGGGGCAGCCACUGUGGAAAGUGAUUUGACAGUUGUCUGCACACCUACGGUGUUGUGUGCACACCUAGGUAUAGGUCCAUUGGGAAUGCUAUAAUAAAGCACCAUUUCUUCAAUGGGUAGCUUCGAUACACCAGAAGGAUAGCUACCUUGCACAGAUCAGAGCAUCAUCCAAGUGGCAGAUUCAAUUUCUGGGGAGAUUUUUCUCUCUGGUGCAUAGAUGAUACUUCUUACAAUCUUACCAUGGGGCAGGAGUGACUAAGCAACUGUCCAUUAUACAUUACCUUCUCAGCAGCCCAAUCUCCAAGGAUUGUGAUGAUGGCAAUGCAGCCAAUGUAUGAAGUCCAUGGAGAUCACAAGAAGGCCACAGAACACAUGAAUAUAGCCUAGCCAUUUCACUUCUGAAUACUUUUCUAAGAAAAAUUAAAACAUAUGUAUAUAAAGACAGGAAUACACAUGGUAAAUUUCUAGCCAAUCAUAAACCAUACAACUGUCAACUGUCAGCAUAGGCAAACACAACAUGUUAUAGUCAUUCAGUGUAUUUCUAACUUUGCAAUAGAGUAAACUAUUGAUUUCUAGUAUAAAUAGUUGAAACUCAAAGAGUUGGACCAAAAAUAAGAAGAGCAUAUUAUAUAAACUGGAGUGGAAGUUUUCAUUUCUAAUAUCAUUUUUUUUUCAAAUAAAAUAAUUUAAUUCCAAGGAGAAAUGGCUGAUUCUAGGAGGAUAGAGGUAGCAGGCAAAACAUCUCCAAAGAAGCUUGGAGAACCAAAGAGAACUUUUUUUAUUGACUCCAGAGAACCAAAGAAAAAGUAUUCAAAAUAGUUUACUCCAUGCCCAUGCACCUUUGCCACACAGAUCAACAAAGCGUGUCACCUGGCACAGAGGACAGCAAAGGAGCCCCGAGUACUCAAAGUGUAUCAUAGUGGUCUACACAAAAGACCGGAUAAAGUGGUACUAGGGCUCAACUGUGUUCACCCAUGCAGAAUUACAGAUUAAGCUUUCAGUUAAUUGCUCCAUCUUGGAGUAGAGAAUGUAACUUCCUGCUCCCACAUGCUUCCACUCAUAUUGACUCUUACUGCUCAUAGUGACUUACUUCCCAAAUGUGGAACUAAUACCCAUAUGAAGGACCCUGAGAAUCACUGCUUCACACAGGUGCUCAAGGCCAACAGCCUACUGUGAGUCCUGUCAGUGUGAACCCUUUAAACACCACUUGCCAAGUUUAACUUUCCUUCCCAAAUCCAUGAGCCAUGACCACUUAAAGAAUGUCACCCUACAAGAGUUCUCAGGAGUAUCGAGGUCAUGAAAUACAAGGGAUGUCUGAGAUCCAUCAUAGCCAAGAGGAUUCUGGGAAACAAUGAUAACAAUGAAACAAGUUGUUACAGGUAGAAUGUUAGAAAAGAGAACAGAUAUUGAAAGAAAACUGUAUAUAUUCUGGGCAUUAGUUAACAACCAUGCACCUGCCUGAGCUCACUAAUAACAACAUGCAGGAAGCUGCACAGUUACUCUGUAUUCGCUGGUAGAUUUUGCUAUGAAUCUAAAACUAUUCUGAAAAGGGAUGCCAGUUGAUAUAAAGUCUUAAAAAAAAAAACUUAUGUCGAAGACAGAGCAUAACCUAACACCUAGUAAAGCAGACAAGGAUCUUUAGACGUCCUAGUGUACAGUGAUAGGAUGCAGAUCAUCGUCCUAGUGUACAGUGAUAGGAUGCAGAUCAUCGGUUACUGUGUGGGUAGUAAUGUUGCAAAGAAAGGAGGAGGAAGGACAGUAUGCAGAGAUUUUAAAGGGAAUGUGUGCACUUUUGGAGGCAAGUUUUCAAUAUCUUACUCUGUCUUUAGUCAAGGUUCCCCAUAUACAUUAUACAUGUAUAUGCUCCUAUAGGAGACUACCUGCUAGCCUCAUUUCUUUGCUUCCCACACUUAUUUCUAUGCACUGUCCAGAAUGCCUCCACCCCCAGCUCCCACACUCCGGUUUUACCAUUUGAUACCAUAAAGACAUACAAUAACUGCUUCCUUGAAUUCUCUUCUCCCUCCCUAAUUCUCACACAUUUAAAAUUAGUCAGCAAUAUCUCAUUGCUGGAAUAGUCCACACCCAAGCCCAAUGGUCCAGUGUAACAGCAGCAAUUCACGACUAUGUAGCACCUCCCUGGUGAUUGACAUCUAGGCACCUUGCCUCCAGCAGCUCUGCCAUCUCUGCAGUUUUGGAGCCUUUCACAAAUCUUCUAGACCUGGCUGAGAAUAACUGCAGGCUUCAGCAUUAAAAUGGCCUGGAAACACUCAAAGGCAUUUCCCAAACGACUAACUCACUUUUGAAUAGCGAUGUGUCACGGCAUCCACUGACUGGGCUUGAGAGUGGACAGCUUAUGACGGUGUAUAAAAUAAAUCAUAUUACUCUCUCCCCUCCACAGUGUUCUCAUGACUUUAAAGGUGAUUUAUUCUUAAAGCUCAAUGGUAAUUAUUCUAAGAGUAGAGAAACAUAGAGGGGAGAAAAUGCCAUUUAGCUUUCCCAGUGGAAAACUUAAUAUGUGAUGUAGAUAUUUAGUAAGGACUGAAGAGAACCUCAUGAAAAUCAGAACAAACAGAAUAUGACACUCAAUGUCCAAACUCCCCAUACAGGCAGCGAUGUGUUACCAACUGUCUUCCAUCCUUAACUGCUAAGUCACAUUGGUGGCCCACUUGUCACAAGAAUAGUUUGAGCGUGUUAGAGGAAGGCUGGACAGGCAGCCAGUAAGGUUGUUCAGUGUCAAACUCAGGAUGAGUUCUAUCUCCAGAAUCUGCAUGGUUCAAGGAGGAAAUCCACUCUUUGGGGCUAGUCUUAGACUACCAUAUGCACGCGACACAUGCAAGCACUCACACAUAUACACACAGAGCACUUGCUGCUCCUGCAGAGAACCCCAGUUAGGACCUCAGCACCUAUAUCAGAGCACCUGCAACUUCACCUCUGAGGGCUCUCACCCUCUCUGCUGACGUCUGAGCAACUAUAUAACCAUGUAACAUACACUCCCAGAGACAUAUACACGUAAUAAAAUGAAAAUACUUGAGAUCAUUUUAUACCUUUUAUACAAAAAAUAAAAUGUCACGAUAUGUCACUGUCUGUGUUGAAUAUUUACAAAUAUUUUCAAAUCCUGAAAUCUUUACAACAACUUUGCUUUUUAUAGGGUGGGGCUGGCAUGCUUCUUAAUUCAGUACAAAUUCUGAUAUGUUUAGAUUUCUUCUCAAAGCAUCUGAUAUUCCAGGUGGAAUCAGACUAGUGAGUAGCUGGAAUUCCAACGCCAGAGAUUUAGAUCUAGCCAGUGAUUGGCUAGGGAGGGGCUUUGGGCGGGCCUUCCUAGAGCGCCAACGCUUGCUAGAAAGCUAUGGAGCCAGUCUAGACUGUCACUAUCAGUCUUUGUAGUAUUUACGGGUGCGAGGAUUCUGACAUUCUGCUAACUUCUCUUAGCUUUACUAGAGCAACCUGCAACCAGAACUCGCUGGGAUUGUAGAGAACCUAGGGAGCCAUAGAGACUGUCGCUGCAGGAGAACGAGUAAGAAUGGGCUACGUCUUAGCCCCAGGUUUUUGGUGAGGACUGUAAAGCAAACUUCCUAGGAUGUCUAGGUUUCAACAAACAUAAGAAGUCCGGAGAUAGCGGGAGUCCUUUUUUUCAGCACCGGCCACACCAGUUCCGGGUCUCCCAUUCAAGAAGAAACACGAAAAAAAGUCUCUCGAAUAACUCCCAGUUCUCAGACCAGACCAGCUUGCUCCAGCUACUUCUUCCUGUCCUCACCCCACCGCGACCGGGACAGCGCGACUACCACCCUUCCUCUGCGUCUGGGUGGAGGGUAAGGACAGGAGCUGACCAAGACCGCCCCUCCCAACCAGGAGGUGGAGAUCCCACGGGUCCUGCGACUCUACACCCACUUCCUCCUCCCUCUGCCCCUAUAUCACCGGCACCCCCUCCUCCUUCCCUUUUCCCUCCUCCCAGGAGACAGGGGAGGAGAAAAGGGGAGCUUGGGUCGUCAUGACUGAGCUGCAGGCAAAGGAUCCGCAGGUUCUCCACACGUCUGGCGCUUCGCCCUCCCCCCCACACAUCGGGUCCCCCUUGCUUGCACGCUUGGACUCAGGUCCCUUCCAAGGGAGCCAGCACUCGGACGUGUCGUCUGUAGUCUCGCCUAUACCGAUCUCCCUGGACGGGCUGCUUUUUCCUCGGUCCUGCCGGGGUCCCGAGCUCCCAGACGGAAAGACAGGGGACCAGCAGUCGCUGUCCGACGUGGAGGGAGCUUUCUCUGGGGUAGAAGCCACUCAUAGGGAAGGAGGCAGAAAUUCCAGAGCCCCGGAGAAGGACAGCAGACUCUUAGACAGUGUCUUAGACUCGUUGUUGACUCCCUCCGGGACCGAACAGAGUCACGCCAGCCCUCCAGCCUGCGAGGCCAUCACUUCCUGGUGUCUCUUUGGGCCAGAGCUUCCAGAAGACCCCCGCAGUGUCCCUGCUACCAAAGGGUUGUUGUCCCCGCUCAUGAGUCGGCCAGAGAUCAAGGCUGGCGACAGCUCCGGGACAGGAGCAGGACAGAAGGUGCUGCCCAAAGGACUGUCACCACCCAGGCAGCUGUUGCUCCCUACCUCGGGGAGUGCUCACUGGCCCGGGGCAGGGGUGAAGCCGUCCCCGCAGCCAGCUGCAGGGGAGGUGGAAGAGGACAGUGGCCUGGAGACCGAGGGCUCUGCAGCUCCGCUUCUAAAGAGCAAACCUCGAGCACUGGAAGGCACCGGCAGCGGAGGAGGAGUCGCAGCCAACGCGGCCUCAGCGGCCCCAGGCGGUGUCACUCUGGUCCCAAAGGAAGAUUCACGGUUUUCUGCUCCUAGGGUCUCCUUGGAGCAAGACUCUCCCAUUGCCCCCGGGCGCUCCCCACUGGCCACCACAGUGGUGGAUUUCAUCCAUGUGCCCAUCCUGCCUCUGAACCACGCACUCCUGGCCGCCCGCACCCGGCAGCUGCUGGAGGGGGACAGCUACGACGGCGGGGCCACAGCCCAGGGCCCUUUUGCCCCGCCUAGGGGCUCGCCCUCCGCGCCAUCCCCGCCGGUGCCCUGCGGUGACUUCCCAGACUGCACCUACCCUCUGGAAGGCGACCCCAAAGAGGACGUGUUCCCUCUUUACGGCGACUUCCAGACGCCUGGCUUGAAGAUCAAGGAGGAGGAGGAGGGCGCGGAUGCUGCUGUGCGCUCGCCGCGCCCCUACCUGUCGGCUGGAGCCAGCUCCUCCACCUUCCCAGACUUCCCGCUGGCACCCGCGCCGCAGCGAGCGCCAUCCUCCAGGCCCGGAGAAGCGGCGGUGGCCGGCGGACCCAGCAGCGCCGCGGUGUCGCCAGCGUCCUCCUCCGGCUCCGCGCUGGAGUGCAUCCUGUACAAAGCGGAGGGCGCGCCGCCCACGCAGGGUUCGUUCGCGCCACUGCCGUGCAAGCCCCCAGCCGCCGGCUCCUGCCUACUACCCCGGGACAGCCUGCCGGCCGCCCCGGCCACCGCCGCAGCACCCGCCAUCUACCAGCCGCUCGGCCUCAAUGGGCUCCCGCAGCUGGGCUACCAGGCCGCGGUGCUCAAGGACAGCCUGCCCCAGGUCUACCCGCCAUACCUUAACUACCUGAGGCCAGAUUCAGAAGCCAGCCAGAGCCCACAGUAUGGCUUUGAUUCCUUACCUCAGAAGAUCUGCUUAAUCUGCGGGGAUGAAGCAUCUGGCUGUCACUAUGGCGUGCUUACCUGUGGGAGCUGCAAGGUCUUCUUUAAGAGGGCAAUGGAAGAGGUUUAGGCCAUUAUUCUCAUGGUGGGGAGCAUGGCAGCACACAGACAGACAUGACAGCUGAGAGUUCAAUAUCUGGAUCUGAAGGCAGCAGGAAGAGAGAGAUACUGGACCUGCUUGAGCAUCUCAAACCCUACAGUUCCUGCCCCAACAAGGACUCACCUACUCCAACAAGGCUAUACAUCCUAAUUCCUUCCAAGUAGUGACAUCCCUGAUGACUAAGCAUUCAAAGAUAUGCGCCUCUGUGAGCUAUGCCUAUUCAUGCUACCACAAUGUGUGUGCAUGCUUGUAUUCAUUCAUAUGUGAAUGGCAUUUACAUGCUUAUAUACAUAUAUAUUUGUGUGUACACAUAUGCAUACUGGUGUGUGUACCACUGUGUGUCCAUACAUGUGUAUGCCUUACACAUACAUUUGUAUAUAUGCUUGUGUGUACUGUACGUAUGCAUACGUGCAUGUGGGGGAUACAUGUGUGAGUGGAUUGGUGUAGUUCUAACUUGCUCUUUGAAACUUUCUCUAAUGAUUUAGAAUUAAAAUUCUUCUCUCCAAGCAUUGCUGGAGUUAGCAUUUCUUGUGCUUGGUAAAUGCCUGCCUCAUUCUCUGGGUUUAAGUCCUUUGAUGAAGCUCCUAAAACAUCAAAUCCUCCUACUGCCAACAUGACUUCAUUCAUUUUAUAGGUGUCUAUUUAUGUUACAUUUAAGAAAAAAUUGUAUUAGGACUACAGAGAUAAAUAUGUAUGUAGGGCCUGCCUUCAAUCACUGCAAACGUAGGAAGUGAAAACUCAAAUGCAAAUCUAGCCUAUUCAAUGUACAAAAAACUACAAUGCAUGUAUGAAUGAACACAUAAAAGCAUACAUAUGUAUGUAUACACUCAUGAACCUCCACUGCCAUAUAGACACACAAAUGUACACAGAAGCAUUCACACAUAUGUAUACAUGCACAUGCAUACACAUGUGCAUAUGCACAACAUUAUAUGAAAAGAAUAUGAGAAUGUUCUGGUGUGGGCAUCCUAGAACUACAGAAGACAACACUACAUUGCAGAAGGUCAGGACGGAUGUAGGAUGUCCAACUAAAAUAUCUGAUGCUACACAAAGGGAUCACUCAUCUAACAAACCCUGACUGGCCUUGACUAUAUCUGGGCACUUGUCUAACACAUGUAACUUCUUUAUGAAUACAAUAAAGUAGAGAUACUAUAUUAUAUCUAAAUUUUACCAAGAAAUGCACAAAGAAUUACCACUACCCCUUAAGUCUGACUGUAAUGUCUCCGUCUUUUAACUCCUACCUCCCCUAAUGUCUUACCAGAUUAUUUUGGAUUUGAAUAAAGAUUAAUUAUGUCUUUUAGAAGUAAGCAUGGUUUCUACCUGGAGACUGGCUCCUUAACACUGUCCCAAUCCUUUCUCUGCUCAGAGUGGCUCUGCACUGUGCUUUUCUUUGAUUUAUGUUUCCACUGCAAAGUUUAUAUAAACAAAUUAUUAUAAACCAACACACUAAUACACACACACACACACACACAUCUUCUAUGACAGGAAAUUCUUACGUCUCAAUUGAGUGAUUGUGGUGGCAGAACAAUUCCUUGGCAGGUCUUUUUAUGUGAGGAAAUCUUUGACAUCUGAAAAAAGAUAGGCGAACACCAUUUGGUGAAGAUUAAACACCACCUGAAAACCAUGCCUGGUAUAUAUGGCUGACACUCUUUUCAUCUCCAAUGAUCUUAAGACAGACUUUAAUGUAGACACAUUGGUCACUUUUUUUUGGUUUUAAAACCCUGUCAUCAUUUAAUGCAUUUGAAAAUCACCUUUGAAAGUGGUUGUUUACGCCUGUAAUUUAAGCCUUAGGAGACUGACACAGGAAAGCCGUGGGUUUAAAGACAUCCUAAUCUACACAGAAGGCCCUGUUUUCUAGAAGAAGUAAGUCAUAUAUUCUGUGCUGGAUCCACAGCUACCUAACAACAUAUGGAAGGGAACAUGAAUCCAAAUUCUACUGUUGCUGGAUAUGUUUGUGCAUUUAAAUAUAGAUGCACACCCCAUUUAAUUUCUCUUUGGGAAGUUUGUCCCAUUUCAGUGAACUGUUCUAUGUUAUUUUAUACUGCGAUGAUCCUUACAAAGUCUUUCUCGUUUCUUCUUCUUUUUUCACUUUAUCUUCUACAGAACAAAGAAACAAAAUUCCUUUCCAAAAAGUUUUAGCAUAUUACUAAUUUAGUUUUAAAUUCAGCAACUGCUGCUACAUCAUCUGUUAUUCCCUUGACUUAUUUUCAUGACUAUGCAUUUUUCUGGAGGCACAUUAUGCAAUAUAAUAACAUCUUCUACAAAAAAUCAUACAUAGACUUACCACAUUCUUUACUGUUUUGCAACCAAGGGACUUAUACAACUGGCCAAACACUUAGUGAAUAUGAAUCACUGACCCAAAGCUGUUCUCAAAUAUCUGUAGACUAUAUGAUAGAAAGAAUAGAAUGGUUAUCAUUAAUUUAUAAAUGAAGGAACUCUCCUUGAUCUCUUUCCGUGGACUAAUGCAUGGUUAGCCAUCAGAACCAGAUUUUGAGGCAGGUUCUCUUUCCUCCAUAUAAAAUGGCAUCGAGGAACAGCAGAGCUGAUUCCCUCUAGGAGCCCUGCGAUUGUAGAUCAGCCAAAUACCACCUCUGUAGCAGAAGACACUAUCAUUGGUUUUAAGGACUGUGGGGAAGUGGCCAGUUAACACACAGAUCUGUAGUGUGGUGGAAUGGAGACUUGGAGAGCCAUAGUCAGUAAAAGUGGAGGAGAGUAAAAACGGUCAACAUUACUGUCUUUCUAUGGUAGAAACCAUACUUUGGAUUUGUGUCUUCUAUCCUUCACAACAUCCUUCAAUAGAAUUUACCAUUCCUACUUCAGAGGUAAAUAGGCCAGGGCUCAGAUGUUGAUCAAUUUCCCCAAAUAAGAGAGAACAUUGGAAGAGAACACACAUUUCAUCUUACAAAACUUUAUGUCUUUAUUGAAGCAGAACUUAGGAGACAUCAAAACUAUGUCACAGUUCAUCUUAUGCUAUUGUUAACCCAGUCCUCAAUGACUUCAGCUAGCUUCUCCCCAAAAAGGCAAAGGAAAGGCAAGUUGAGUAGAGCAAAAGAAGAGAUCCCCAAGGAGUUAAUUUACCAAUCUUCCCAGGUGAAUGGCAGAACAGAAACUAAGCAGAAGUGUCCUACUGUCCGGGAGUCAAGAACAUUUUCCAUUUGUUUGGUCAUAGCCUGUGACUGUGGCUGAGAGCAGAUGCAUUUAGGUUCCUUUUCAGUGGGCUCCAGUUUUUCCAAGUGGAGGUGGCCUGUUUCUACAAAGAAGUAUAUGGGGAUGAGUGAUGAAUUAAUGAAGUUGACAUGUCAAUACAAGAUAUUGUUCUAAUACUUGUUGAUUCUUAUACUGUGAAGAAUAUCUUAUGGAUGUGACUGCAAAGAGAUGUGAGGUGCUUGAAGGAUGCAAACAGAGAUUUCAAGCUUAGGUUAGUCGUCACAUGACAUGGAAUAACAUGACUGAAAUGACAAUAUGAAGAAGAUCCUCCUUCAGAGAAGUGAACCAUUUCGAAGGGCAGCUUGGGCCUUGCAGGAGCCAUUGUAGGUAAUUUAAACAGAAGGCAGAGGAGAACCAUUAGAAUGUUGAUGAGUGUGAUGCUAAACACUCUUUCACCCCACUCAGCCAUUUCUUCUUUGCAUUGUACUUAAAAUAGCUUUACAUUUUAAAGGCAAGCUUUGUGUGUCUCUUGAUAGAAGAAUAUGUGCUCUAAAAUGACCUUUUCCAUGACCCGCCCAGGAGACUGUUGCCUGGAAGAUACUGAGCUAACAGCACAUAUAAUGUGGCUUUGAGAUAAAAAUUAUAUUUUUGACAGAAAAAAGUAACUCUCCAUUAGGAGCCAUCUUUGUUGUACAGAGAAGGUUUUAAAAAGCAAAAGUGCCUGGCCAUGAUUUCCUAAGAUAGAGGCACUCCAAAAUGUCAAGGGUCCCAGAGUUACAUGCUUAAACACUUGUAAACAGAUAUUUUAGAUGGCUAAUCUGCCUAAGAGUUUCACCACUUAGGUUAUGAGAAGGUUUAACAAGAGUGGCAUUUAUGAAUACUUCCUAAGUGCCAGGAACUUUCUCAGGCAAACUGUGGAAAUGGCAGUGCUGAGACAGGAGCUGGAGCCUUCUCUUCUAACCAUGAUGACAUGUCUUGUCCAUCUGUAAUGUCUACUGCUCAUCAGCAUUUUGAUAAAAACCUCCUGACGUCAAGGAAGGAACAUGUUAGUUACCUGAAUUUUUGAGAAGAAAAAUUCAUUUUGGGGGUAAGAGGUAUUAAAAAUAUAUUAACUAAGGAUCUUUCCCUGUGAGCAGACCAUCAAGUCUUCACAUUGUCUGGUAGGUUCCUUGCCCUCCCUUUCCUACUCCUCCCCGCCUCUCCCCUCUCCUCCCCUUCCCUUCCUUCCCUUUCCUUCCCUCCCCUUUGCUUCCCUUCCCUUGCCUUCCACUUUUCCCCUUUCAUGUCUUUCCCCACAGAGAUGGCUAACUGCUAAAUAAAAUGUAAAAUGCUGGGAAGUGUUUCCAAGUAGGUUUCUGUAAAUGACUUGGCCCCACAUUCAGCAUGUGUCUAAAAAGGUCUCAUCUGUUCUAACGCCCUGACUGACCACAUUGCUGUAGUCCCCAGUAGCUGUUAUACUUGAGGUUUAUUGCAGGAGCUGGAAGUGGUCUUAUCUCUACCCUUGCUUCCAGGUUCUGUUCCCAUUGUAGAUGCCAAAGUCAUGCUAAUUAAACAGAACUCAGAACACACCAUCUCUCUCCUCAAGCCAUCCCACUCCUGUGCACUCUGCUUCUGCUGAAAGCAGUCACAGCUCUGAUGGUGGCUGCCUGUCUGUCUGGCAGUCUCUUUUGUACAUUCUGCCCAUACCCUGCCUGGAAGCCUCACAGGCAGCCAUGGACCAACCCUGCAUGGAGUCUCAGUAUCUUUGUUUUGUUUUGUUUUGUUUUGUUUUGUUUUGUUUUGUUUUGUUUUAUUUUGUUUUGUUUUUUGUUUUUUUGUUUUGUUGAGACAGGGUUUCUCUGUGUAGCCCUGGCUGUCCUGGAACACACUCUGUAGACCAGGCUGGCCUUGAACUCAGAAAUCUGCCUGCCUCUGCCUCUGCCUCCUAAGUGCUGGGAUUAAAGUCAGGCACCACCACUGCCCAGCGAGUCUCAGGAUGUUGAUACUUAGCUCUCUCUUCUCUGGUUUCCUCUCUACAUUUCCCUCUCACUCAGACUCAUUUAGGAUACCAGCUUGGAUGCAUGACCUGAAGUGUGUCAAGUUUUGGUGACCACCAAUAUCUCAUUCCAUGUUCUCCUCUCUGCCAUGCUAACAGGUUAUAUAUUUUAACAGAGUUUCCAGAAAGAAGCACACUAGACCUUAGAAAAACAUACUUAAUAUGCAUUUCCUGGGAGAAACAGAAGAAAAAUGUAAAGAAUACACUUCAGCUUACUAUAAAUGAGAACAGCAUCUGAGAAAAAAGAAUUAAUGUCAGAAACAAAGAACUGGACGAGGUUAAAAAAGGUACUUAGAUAAGAGAAAUUCAACAGUAAGGUCCAAUGAUGAAAUUUAAAUCUAUAUGGAAGCUAGAGAGUUCAGAAGGUGACCCCAACUAUGCAGACCUCAGAGUGAAGGUGUUACUUCAGAAUGGUCAGAAAAUAGCAAACUGAUGGAAAUUAUGUGAUAAGUUAUUGCUUUUGCUACACAUCAGUCAUUGUGAGAGCCUCUUACUUAGCUCCUUUCAUCAAUACAGAGGCAUGUAUAACAUUUAUCUUCAUCUCUAACUGCACAUGCAAAAUAGACUGAACAGAUAAUUUCCCUAUGGGGUAGAUACUGUUCAAAGUGAAUUUGCGUAAAACUCUAUUGCGCUGUAAUGAAUGUGGUGUGUUUGCUUUGUAGUUAGAAAACAAAUCAGGUGAACAGAAAAUGGGUAUUUAACUCAAUAAAAAAUAGGUCUCUGGAGGAGAUAAUGAGAACCAACUCCAGUAAAAGCAUUUAAUGGUUACAGAAAAUAAACUUCUGGGGAUAAAAAAUUAUACAGGCACAUAGUAGAUAGUCAAUAAGUAUUUGCUUAUUGAACCAUCAGAAUUACUACCCAGUGAGCAUUUACUGCCGAUGAGGUGCGGAAGGUUUUAUUUACAUCACUGUACACUGAAGUCCUGUUUUAUAGAUAAGGAAAGGAAAGCACCAGGAGAUUAAAUGAGUUGUUCAAGGCCAAGUUCUAAUAGGUGGAAACUUGGAUAGCAAAAGUAAGUUUAAUAGCAAUAUAAAAAUUGUUUUUAGUAGAUCAAAGAGACUCAGAGCGUCCUAGAAACAUUAGCAUUAUUGAGACCUCCAAAGAUCUUGUGUAUAUAUGGAUUAUACAUACCUACUAUAUUAGAAACAAAAACUGACAUCACAGAAAUUGAAAAAAUGGCUCAGUGGUUAUGAGCACAUGCUAGGGUAGGAGUUUAGAUACAAGCACCCUCAUGCCUGGCAACUCACAAAUAGUCUGUGUGUGUGUGUGUGUGUGUCUGCAUGUCUGUGUGUGUGUCUGCAUGUCUCUGUGUGUGUGUGUGUGUCUAUGUCUCUCUCUCUCUCUCUCUCUCUGUCUCUCUCUCUCUCUCUCUCUCUCUCUGUGUGUGUGUGUGUGUGUGUGUGCGCGUGUCUGUGCGUGUGUAUGCCAGGUACCUGUGGAGGUCAGAAGAGAGCACUCACUCCCCUGGAGUUAUACUUAUAGGUGGUUGUGAGUCACCAAUGUGGGUGCUGAGAGCCCCUGUCCGAUCCUCUAGGAGAGCAAGAAUCACUCUUAAGCUCUGAGCCAUCUCUUCAGCCCCAUGAUUUUGUACAUUCUGAAAUUCUGCUUUCCUCAUUUCAAACAUAAUAAUCCAUUAGAUAUUGGGUUUUUUUUUUCUGAACAAAGAAUCCAAUGGCAAGUAAAAUUGUGCUUACAAGAAUCUUUGAUUAGCAGCAUGAUUCUUUUGUUCAUGUUUCAUGAAUCUCUGGCAGGAUACAUGCACAACAAAUCCUACUUGUUUCAUAUUAAAGUGAGAUUAAGAUAUGCUUGUAAGCUGCAAGAAGAAUGGCAUUGUUUUACAAGUUUGUAAGUCACUUUAAUAUUGGCCUUCAUAAAAGACUGAUAGAGUCUCCUUUCUGCAAUUACAUCCAAUCUGCUGUUUUGGCUGAAGUCUAUAAAGAGGUGGUUCCACAAAGACACAAAGUUGUAAAAUGGACAAGUGUUUUGAUGGCCUUUUUAGACAUUACAAGGAGUGGUUAUUUCUUUGGACACAGCAAAAGGAUGCUUUUCCACUUUUAUUGUCCUUUCUGAUUUUAUCUCCUACAAAUCACUCUCCUGUUUCUUUCUUCCAAAAGGAAAUUUUCUAUUUUUAAAGUACAAUUUAUAAUGGAAGCCUUGAGCUGGGCAAGUUUUUUAAUUUAAUUAUCAAAUUCCAAAGUGAGUAGUUUAUAUCUUAAAAUCUAGAAUUUUCCAGUGAGUUUUGUGUCUUUCUCUCAUUUGUUCCUUUUAACAUUAUCAUGAUCUUUAUACAUUCAAUGUGCUUUAAUCAUAUGAGUUUAUUUAAAUUAUGUUUAGCCACUGUCUUAGUUCAUUUCCUGUUGCUAACAACAUAAUACCACAGGCUGGAUGAAUUAUAAGGAAAGUGAUUUGUUUCUAGAUCAUGGUUCUGGUCCAAGUUGAGGGGACACACCUAAUACCUUCUUGGUUUCUGAGUCCUGAGACAAAGAGCUAAACUGAGUUCCAGAAAACUGGAUGUUAUAGUAGAGACCCUCUCCUGAAGUAAUCCAUGAAAUCACUAUUCUCUUAAGUCUUGAAUGGCAUGCACAGGUUAGCCCACUGUUAUGACAAAGCUCUAUUCAGCCAUCCCAUCUGCUCCCACCUCUUCAUGUCUCUCUAUGAUAUUAAAUAUCAGCAUAAAUUCUGGAGGGCAGAAACAGUCUUCACGCCAUAGCACCAGCAUGGCUUUAGCACAGUUUUCUCAGACUUCCAUAAAAAUCAUUUUUUUUUUUUGCUGUAAAAGAGCAUCCCAUUUGUUUGCCUAUUAUUUCAUCAAUAAUUUCUCCAAUGACUGCAGGUUAUUUUGGAUGAUAAGAUUAGAUUUGAAUAAUCUGAUUCCUAGUAUCUGUUGUAGCCAACACUGGACAGAAGUAGAAAAUACAGUUUUUGAAAAGUUAUGGGGCCAAAACUUAAUACCAUUAUUUCACAAACAGUUGUACAGAUAUUUGGAUACCACAAAGUUUUUCAUUGUGAGGGAUUUUCUAUCCAUUGUAGGAUGCUUGGCAGAGUGUCAGAACCCUUCUCCAUAAGCACCUACUUAAGUUUAUCAAUCAAAAUUCUGUUCAUUUAUUGUGGAAUACCUUGCAGAGGGUUGAGGAAAAUCAACUCUAGCUGCUCCUGUUUCUGUUAAGAGCAUAUAAAGCUUUUAAAUUCUACAAAAUAUGCUUUAGUUAAAAAUAAUUUGCAAGUAUCUAUAUUUCUAGUAGCAUUGAAAUAAACUGCAUUGUACUAACCAGUACAAUGUAGAGUUGUAACUAAAUAACUGACAGAAUGACUUAAAGAGAGAGUGGUUUACUUUGGCUCAGAGUUUCAGAGGGCUCUGUACAUGGAAAUUGGGCCCAAGUUGAGCCCCAAAUUAUGGAAGAAUUUUGGAGGAAUAAGCCAUUCUUCACCUUGCAGAAACAAAGUAGAAAAGGACAAAAAAAGUCCUGCAUAGCCGUCCAAGGGAAGGCUCCAGCCACCCACUACAUACAGCUGCACUGCUCUAUGUCCAACGAUUUAUUUUGUCUGGGUUUUAGUCCUAGAAUUAAGUUUGCCUUCAUUGGCCUUCCUGUGCUGUGUCUUCUAUUUUCAUGGUUGCGGUAGCCUUGUGAAAGUCUACUCUUUAAGCAGAGUUCAGUUUUUAGUGUUCUCUUUAAGCCUUCUUAGUUUACCUGUUUUUUUUCCAUUAGAAAUUUUAUUCAUUCAAUAUGUAUUUAAUCAUACUUUUUCUCCCUGUCUCAGAUCCUCUUCAUCUUUCUACCUAUCCAACCUUAUGCUCUCUUUCUUCACCUCUCUUGCUUUCUCUUGCUUUGUCAAGCACACACACACGAAAAACAAAAUAAAUAAGUAAAAAAUAUAGUAAGACAAAAAGGAUACUGAAACAAAAUCAACAACAACAAGAUGAAGCAAAAUCCCACAGAAAAAACAUGGAGUUCGCUUUGUGUUGAUCAACUAUUCCUGGGCAUGGAGCCUGCUUUGGGGUGAGGUUGAUAUACCCAGUGACACUCAUCCAUGGGCUUUAAAGCUCAGUUCUUAGAGCCUAGGCUCCACAUAUGCCUUUUGAGAUUAUAUCUCUGCCCUUUUCUUUCUCCAUUUCUGGGUUAUAGAAAUUGAGUCUUUAUAAAAAAGUAGCCCAAAUUAAUAAGCAAUAUGCUUAUAUUGUAUUUUAUCUAAGACUUCUGUGUAUCUGUGGUGGGAAGACAUUCUUCAUGUGCACCAAUUCAUGGCACCUCAGUUUCUACCUCCUGGGUCAUAGUUCCUGAGAUAUACUACACUUACUUUUUUUUUUUUUGGUUUUUCGAGACAGGGUUUCUCUGUGUAGCCCUGGCUGUCCUGGAACUCACUUUGUAGACCAGACUGACCUCGAACUCAGAAAUCCGCCUGCCUCUGCUUCCCAAGUGCUGGGAUUAAAGGCAUGUGCCAUCAUGCCCGGCUACUACACUUACUCUUAUAGAUUCAUUUCUGUGUAGUUUCUUCUGAUUUACAAAAGAAAACCAUGAUACCCUGUAAAUUCUCCUAUACACAAACGACAUUUGGUCACUUGUGCUCUUACUAAAAGGCAGCUCAAAUGCUAGAGUAAUGGCUCAAUGUUUAGGACCAUGCACUCUUCUUACAAAGGAUAUAAGUUUGGUUCCAAGCAUCCAUGUCAGGAAGCUUGUAACUGCCUAGAACUCCAGCUCCUGGAAUCUGGCACUCAUGGCUUCCAAGGGCAGUUCUACUCAUGUGGGCAUCCUUCUUCCUUACUCAGAUAAUCCUAACCAAAAAAACAAAAAACAAAAAACAAAAAUCAAAAACAAAAACAAAAAACAAAAAAACAAAACAAAACAAAAAACCUCUUCAAAAAUGACCAACACCAUACAGACUUUUUUUUUUACUUUAUAGGAGAUUCUUCUUCUAAUUUACAGUGUAAAAGUUUUAUUUCAGUUAAAACGGAACCAUGCAACAUAAUUAAAAUAUUAUGAAUAAAAAUUCACUAGACAGUGAAGUUACCUAGUCACAUUUUUUUAAAUAAUAUGAAUGUUUUUAAAUAAUUAAAACAGCAGGGAGUUUAAUAUAGGGAGAAGUUAGAAACAAUAUGUAAGUGCAAAUACUCAGCCACACACACACACACACACACACACACACACACACACACACACACACACACACACACAUGCAGGCAUGCACACAUGCACACACAGGGUACCUAAUGCAGUUGCUAAUUCCCUUUGACUUAGAAGGUCUUAUUUCCCUCUGGCUCUUAUAUUCUUUCUGCCUCCUCUUUCAUGGGUUUCCUGAGCUCUGAGGGGAGGAAUUUGAUGGGGACAUUUAAAUCUGAGUGUCUCAAGGUCUCUGACUCUCUAUGUAAUAUCUGGCUAUGGGUCUCUGUAUUUGUUUCUGUAUGUUGCAGGAGGAGGCCUCUCUGGUGAUAGAUGAACUAGGCACUGAAAAAAAA